GUUUUUCUUCUUGCCCUCCACCAUACACUUUUACGCGUAUGCCACUGGAUUCUGGCGAUUUUUUGGCGUCUGAUGACCCUGCUAUUGAUGAAAUCUUGGCCCAGUCGCGAAGGGAACUCGACGCGGCAGGACCGUCGGACGUGGCGAUGUCUCGAAACAACCAUAUCAGGAGAGAACGACAUCGUAUCGAAGAAGAGAUAAGUCAAAUCGAAGCAGAACUCACGAAAUACGACGACCAGAUCAAGACCCUACAGAUACUACGGGAAACACGCAAACAAGAUUUGUGUAAAUUUGUGGCAGAGCUGAAUGCAUUAAUCGGAGUGGGGAAUCAGAAGGGCAAAGGCAAGGCUAAGGGUGGUAUAGAUUACGGCCACGAAUCGUUUGAGUGGUCGAAUUCGCUCAGGUCGACCAUGAGAAAUGUGUUCAAAAUCAACAACUUCCGACUAUGCCAGCUUGGAGUUUGUAAUGCGAACAUGGAUGGUCGGGAUAUCGUCUGCGUCAUGCCAACAGGCGGUGGUAAAUCACUAACAUACCAAUUACCGGCACUGCUACAUCGAGGCUGUACCCUGGUCAUCUCCCCUUUAAUUUCGCUCAUCAGCGAUCAAAUAAUGCAUUUGCAAGACGCCGGCAUCAAUGCCGUCAAGUUCACUGGAUCCACAUCCAAAGAGGAACAGAAAGCAAUUACGCGUAAUCUAUAUGACCUGAUUGCCGGAAAGCUGAAGCCUGAGCAGGAAAUUCGACUUGUUUAUGUGACACCAGAGAAAAUAGCGAGAAGUAACCCGUUCAAGUUGCUGAUGACCAAAUUGGCGGAGAAUAAGAAAUUAUCGCGAAUAGUAAUAGACGAGGCCCACUGCGUCUCACAGCUUGGCCAUGAUUUUCGCCCAGACUACAAACAACUCCGUAUUCUAAGGGAACUAUUCCCUCGUGUACCGAUAUUAGCCCUCUCUGCUACAUGUCCUCCUAGAGUUCUUCAGGAUUUGCGAAGCAUUCUUCAGUUGCCGGAGAUAUGCGAUGGAAAUAGCGCUGACCUUCGGGGUACCACCUACUUCUCGGCCCCGUUAUACAGAAAAAAUCUACACUACAAGGCGUUCCCUAAGGACUCAAAUAUGAAGAAUAUGAUUAAGCUCAUGACCGAUUAUAUAUUGGAAUACCAUCCUCAUGAUAGCGGAAUUGUAUACUGUCUAACGCGAAACGAUGCCGAAAUCGUUGCCCAGAAGCUGUACGAACAGAGCGAGAGGAAGAUACGGACCGGAGUGUACCACGCAGAAAAGAAGGAUGUCGAGAAAGAAAACCUGCACGUACAAUGGAGGAAAGGCAACAUUAAAGUUGUCUGUGCCACAAUAGCCUUUGGACUGGGUAUCGAUAAAGGCGAUGUAAGGUUUGUACUUCAUCAUUCGAUUUCGAAAUCUCUUGAUGGGUUCUACCAAGAAUCAGGACGCGCCGGGCGCGACGGUAAAGAUGCUGACUGUGUCCUGUACUACCGUCCGCAAGAUGCAUGGGAUAUUGCUGCGAUGACCAUGGGGGACAAGGACAGCUCUGAAAAAUUGAUGCCCAUGGUCCUUUUCAGUCAGAAUACUUCAGAGUGUCGAAAGCUGCAAUUUGCCAAGUACUUUUCUCAUACCUCCGAUUUAUCCAUCAGUGAUUGGGCAACCGAAGAAACUGGAGCACUCGAUCGGUGUGGUCAUUGCGACAAUUGUCUUCGAGAGGGAAACAGCCUGGUCCGGGACGUAACUUACGAAGCUUGGCAGUUGACAAAACUCGUCGCAACCAUAUGCGAUACCAAAAACAAACACACUGCUCGGAGCAUAGCAACCAUUGCCAAGACCAAAGCCUGGGAUCCAUCGAAACCGAAGAUGAAGCGGCCAGAACACCAGUUAGAGAAGAUCUGUGAUGGUCCUGUAGCCCUUCACAAGGAUGAUAUUGAGUUACUGUUGAUUCACUUGUGGUCGGAACGAUACCUGAAGCCCAAGUUUGUCCCAAAUGCACACAAAACCACUGCCUAUGUUGAAAAAGGAGUCAUGGCCGGACGACUCACGUCUCUACCGGGUGAGAGGGUGAAGAACAACCUUUCGGGUCUGACUAUACGAUGCGCCUUCCCACUGAGGACGCGACAAGCCAGAAAGCAUCAAGAGAGUGGGAGUGGGCCUAGGAAAGGGAAAGCAAAGCAACAUGAUGACAUAGAAGACGUAGAUAGCGAUGAGGACGAUUUGUAUGUCUCGGAUCGUGAGGAUGAGGUACCGAAAGACCCGAGGAAACGGUCGUCGAACCGGAUAACGGAGGACGAGGAGGAUGACUCAAACGAGUGGAUGGCUAGUCUUCGUGGAGACAGAUUACCUCGAAAGAGACCUAGAACAAUAUUUAAUAGUGCACCUAAUGGAGGUGGAAGGGGACGGGACUCUGGUGGUACCCCCAUCAUAGAAAUAUCAGAUUCAGACUAAUGGUUGAUAUAUGUAACCGUAUAUAAUAUAAUAUGUACUUACUAGUUGUAUAAGAUGAACAU